AUGACCAUGGCAGGUCUCAGCGGCGGCUUCUCGUCCGUCUCGGACGCGACGUUCGAGUCCGCAAUCGACUGCUACGUCUGUGACAAGAAGUUCUACGCCUUCCGACGCAAACACCGCUGCCGCUCCUGUGGUAAUGCCGUAUGUGGCAGUUGUUCCCGGACCCACAAGAUCAUGCCAAGCUCUGCCGGUGCGCGUUACUCGAACGAGCCCGUUCGCGUGUGCGACGGCUGCAUUCGGGACCAGAACCGGAUGAUGCUCGAGCGUCGACGAGCGGAAGACGUAAACAGAGCUCGUGCCCGUCAAGUGGCGGCGCUGGAAGAAGCAGGACGUCAACGGGAGGCCGAGCGCAGUCAACGGGAGCGUGAAGUAGUGCUAGCACAAGCGCGACGCGAGCUGCGGCUGCGUGCCUUGGAGGAGAAGCAUCUGGGUCCUCGUCCAGAUGUACGCACGUUGCGAUCCAGGUCCUCAAGAAGUCGGGACGACUGGGCACGAGAUGAUGGGCCGCAGUCGCUGCACUCGAAGGAGCUGAGCUCGUUCCUGGAAGAUGCCGAGAAGAGAGCCGUGGCGCUCGUUGCCAAGCCGUGCGGGAUCAGCGACGGGUUUGUUGAAGACAAGCAGAACUUACUGGAGAGAGGGUGUGAGACGCUGGAAACGACCACAGUCGUGCAGGAAGCGGAAGAGUGCGCCAUUUGCCUGGAGACGAUGGAUGUGGGGAAUGCGAUUUACACGACCGCGUGUGGCCACAGUUUCCACUGGAGCUGUCUGAAAGAGAUUCAGAACUCGGACUCGAGCAACUAUGACAAGUGUCCAUCGUGUCGGGCGACCAUGACGGAGAUGCAGGUGAAAAAGCAGUGCGACCAUCCACGCGUGCGACUUGGCCAUCGUUUUUGUCGCGAUUGUGGGGCGGCUGCGACCGAGAGAGACGCGAAACCUCGUGUGGAUGACACAGCAACUAUGGGCAGACCGAGUUUGCCCAUGCCGAGUGCUGCCAAUCCACCCGAGCUGAAUCAGCCCGUGUCGUACCGUGCCAGUCCACAUGGCGCACUUGUGCGUUGCCCGCAGUGCCAUAUCCAGAUGCGUGUGCUGCCCCACAUGUACAAUAUGCGCGUGGCAUGUCUGGCAGGUCACAUGUUCUUGGUUCAAGUCUCGAGUCAACCAGGAGGUAUUGGAGGUGGACGUGGCAGCUACGGCUUAGGCGGAUCGGGUGGCCCAAGGAUGCCUAUGCGUGGUGCGAACACAGGCUUCCCGGGCUCGUACUACCACUCUACACACAACUACUCGGAGCUGUAG